ACUACCGUUUGAGUUCUUGUGCUGUGUGGAUACUCCUCCCGACACAAAGCCGCUCCAUCAGCCAGCAGUCGUCUAAUCCAGAGACACCAAACCGAAAGACUUAAUUUAUAUUUAUUUAAUUAAUUUUAAUAAAACACACCAAAUCUUACAAAAUGUGUGACGAAGAAGUUGCUGCUCUGGUUGUCGACAACGGCUCUGGCAUGUGCAAGGCCGGAUUUGCCGGAGACGAUGCUCCCCGCGCCGUCUUCCCAUCGAUUGUGGGACGUCCCCGUCACCAGGGUGUGAUGGUCGGCAUGGGCCAGAAGGACUCGUACGUGGGUGAUGAGGCGCAGAGCAAGCGUGGUAUCCUCACCCUGAAGUACCCCAUUGAGCACGGUAUCGUGACCAACUGGGACGAUAUGGAGAAGAUCUGGCACCACACCUUCUACAAUGAGCUGCGCGUGGCACCCGAGGAGCACCCCGUGCUGCUGACCGAGGCCCCGCUGAACCCCAAGGCCAACCGUGAGAAGAUGACCCAGAUCAUGUUCGAGACCUUCAACACACCCGCCAUGUAUGUGGCCAUCCAGGCUGUGCUCUCGCUGUACGCCUCCGGUCGUACCACCGGUAUCGUUCUGGACUCCGGCGAUGGUGUCUCCCACACCGUGCCCAUCUACGAGGGUUAUGCCCUUCCCCAUGCCAUCCUGCGUCUGGAUCUGGCUGGUCGCGAUUUGACCGACUACCUGAUGAAGAUCCUGACCGAGCGUGGUUACUCCUUCACCACCACCGCUGAGCGUGAAAUCGUCCGUGACAUCAAGGAGAAGCUGUGCUAUGUUGCCCUCGACUUCGAGCAGGAGAUGGCCACCGCUGCCAGCAGCUCCUCGUUGGAGAAGUCCUACGAGCUGCCCGACGGACAGGUGAUCACCAUCGGCAACGAGCGUUUCCGCUGCCCUGAGGCCCUGUUCCAGCCCUCGUUCUUGGGAAUGGAGGCUUGCGGCAUCCACGAGACCACCUACAACUCCAUCAUGAAGUGCGAUGUGGAUAUCCGUAAGGAUCUGUAUGCCAACACCGUGCUGUCCGGUGGCACCACCAUGUACCCUGGCAUCGCCGACCGUAUGCAGAAGGAGAUCACCGCCCUGGCCCCGUCGACCAUGAAGAUCAAGAUCAUUGCCCCACCAGAGCGCAAGUACUCUGUCUGGAUCGGUGGCUCCAUCCUGGCUUCGCUGUCCACCUUCCAACAGAUGUGGAUCUCCAAGCAGGAAUACGACGAGUCCGGCCCCUCCAUUGUGCACCGCAAGUGCUUCUAAGAAGGAUCGCUUGUCUUGGCAAGAGGAUCGUACGGAGGAUGAGAAGGCGGAUCAGGAUCGUGAUCAUGAUCUUGAUUCUGCUGGAGGAGGAGGAGUAGAAGUCGAGGAAGCAGCAGCGAAAGUGCAAGUGCGAGUGGUGGAAGUUUGGAGUGCAGCACAACAAGAUCAACAACAACACCAACUACAAGAUGAAAAGAGCGGAACCACCUGCACACCAUCAUCAUUAUCAUCAUCGUUUUGGGCGCGUGUUGUGUGGUUCCAGCGUAUUAAUAUAAUUAAUUUAUUCCACAUGAGAUAUGAUAUGAUAUACUAUGUAUUUUUUGUUUUUUUUUUAUUUGUAAACCUUUAAUAUAACAAGAACUACAAAAAAUGAAAAUGAGCGAAAAUGCAUAUUCUGCCAUUCCACACACACACCAACAACACCCAACACACGCACACCCACAAGCUCACACACACUAGCGGCAUGACAAGGACAUCAAGAUAAAGAAGAACUUAAAGAAGAUAUUUCCCAAAGCG